AAUCUUUAUAAAAGAAUCGGUGAAUUUCUGAUAAGAAAGGCAUAAGGGGAUUUCCUUAAGUGAUGAAAAUAUUCUGUAUCUUAUUUGUUAUGUUGGUUAUAUCUAAUAUUUAUAUAUAUGAUAUUUAUUACGUGUCUUAGUCCAUUUGGGCUACUCUAAUAAAACUGCACAAGCAGGAGAGCUGGUAAACAGUAGAAAUUUAUUUCUUACAGUUUUGAACUUUGGAAAUCCAGUGUCUGAAGUGUUAGUAGAGGUGGGGCCUUUUAGAAUGAUUUAAGAUUCCCAGUUGGUAGGGGAAAAAAAAAAAGUGGUGUCUCAUCUAAGUAUACUUAUUUCAAUGAUUUAUUUAUUUCAGAACUGUUAGAACUUAUAGAUGCCUCACUUAAGCAUGCGAAAAUGCUGCAGCAGUUACAAUAGUGCAACAACACUAAUUGACAGGUUUGGUGGUGACCUCUGUAGUUUGAUCAUUUUUGUGUUUGGGUUCUUUGACAACUCAUUUCCUGGUAGUCAGAUGUGUUUGAACUCUUGAAAACGUGAAUUGAAGUAAAAGGUUUGUAAUCUUUUAUUAUGAGAUUAAUCAUCAAAAUAAAACAUAGCCCAUAAGGUUUAUUAGUUUAUGGGUUUUUAUGUCUUCCAGGUAGAUUGCUUUCUGUGUACUAUCAUGAAUGUAGUAAACACUUUAAUUGCUGUAUGUAACUAAUACUGGUCUUUGGUUUCUCAACACUGAUAGUUUCAUGUUUUUGUUUAUGGAAAAAUUAACUCAUGAUCUUUGUAUCUGUUUUAGUAAUAGUUAUGCACGAGUGCGAGCUGUGGUGAUGACCCGAGAUGACUCGAGUGGUGGCUGGUUACCACUGGGAGGGAGUGGACUAAGCAGCGUCAGUGUCUACCGAGUCCCUCAGCAGGAAGAGAAUGGCUGUGCUGACUUUGUUAUCCGUGGAGAACGACUCAGGGACAAAAUGGUGGUUUUGGAGUGUAUGCUUAAAAAAGACCUCGUUUAUAAUAAGGUAACUCCAACAUUUCACCACUGGAAGAUUGAUGACAAGAAGUUUGGCCUUACCUUUCAAAGUCCUGCUGACGCAAGGGCUUUUGAUAGAGGUAUUCGAAGAGCCUUAGAGGAUAUUUCUCAAGGAUGCCCAGCAUCAAAAAUUGAAGCUGAAGAAGCUGAAGAUGACUUACAAGCAACGGAAGAGGACACUUCCAGCUCUCUUGUGAAAGAGCACCUUUUCCAGCAAGAGACCGUGAUUACCAGUGAGCCUUACCGAAGCUCGACUGUUAGACCUUCUCCUUUUGAGGAUCUCAAUGCCAGAAGAGUCUACUUGCAAAGCCAAGCCACUCAGAUGACAUUUGGUCAGCCAGGCCUAGACAUUCAGAGUCGAAGUAUGGAAUAUGUGCAGCGGCAAAUAUCCAAGGAAUGUGGAAAUCUAAAGCCCCCAAAUAGGGUGCCCUUGAAGUCAAUCAGACACGUCAGCUUUCAAGAUGAAGAUGAGAUUGUUAGAAUAAAUCCUCGAGAUAUCUUAAUACGUCGCUAUGCAGAUUACAGACAUCCUGACAUGUGGAAAAAUGACUUGGAGAGAGACGAUACUGACUCCAAUAUUCACUUUUCUAAACCAGAGAAUAAAAAAUCAGACUAUCUGUACUCUUGCGGGGAUGAGACUAAGUUAAGUUCACUCAAAGACUCCGUGGUGUUCAAGACACAGCCUUCCUCAUUAAAAGUUAAGAAAUCAAAACGAAGAAAAGAGGAUGGUGAACGUUCUCGCUGCGUAUACUGCCAGGAAAGGUUUAAUCAUGAAGAAAAUAGCAGAGGAAAAUGUCAGGAUGCUCCAGAUCCUAUUAAAAGAUGCAUCUAUCAAGUUAGCUGCAUGCUCUGUGCAGAGAGCAUGUUGUAUCAUUGUAUGUCAGACUCAGAGGGAGAUUUUACUGAUCCCUGUUCAUGUGACACUAGCGAUGACAAGUUCUGCUUACGGUGGCUAGCCCUGGUAGCUUUGUCUUUCAUUGUACCUUGUAUGUGCUGCUACGUCCCUCUGAGAAUGUGCCAUCGCUGUGGUGAGGCAUGUGGGUGCUGUGGUGGGAAGCAUAAAGCUGCUGGAUGAAGUAAUCCAGUGCCAGAAUGAGCUUACAAUCUUUGUUUCCAGGGAUUAGCUAACUUGGAUUUGUGGAAGCUUUUGGCAAGCAGUGUGGAAUCUUGCCUGGUAUCAUGGGGGCCACAUGUGGAGGAAGCAGAACUCAUCCGUUCCUGGCAUUUCACUAAUGCUCGCCGUGCCUAACUGUUCCCUUGAGUGCAUGGCAUGUUUUGUUACAGAUUGUAGAGUAUUUACAGAAGGAAAUUGUUUCUGAGUAUUGGCUAUAAAAGCAUAAACUAUCCAACUGCAAGGGAUUAAUUUUGGCAUUUUUGUAUAUUUAUGCAGUAGGUGAUGGGAUUUCUAGGUCUGAAUUCAUUAGGAUACAAACUAAAAAGUGCACUAGCAGACAGUUGAUUUCAAUCUAAGAAAAGUUAACACUUGGGAAUUAUAAGAAGUAAAAACAAGUGCAACUAAAUCAUUUCUUAGUUGUUUUUUGAAAGCAGUUUUAUGUAUAAAUAACAAAUGUUUAUAUUUAACUAAUGUAAGGUACGAAUUAUUACAUAUUAAACUUUCCUUCCCCUUCCUAGUUCGGAAGUAGAUAACACAUUUGUCUACUGUCACAUUCCAUAUAUUUUGAAUAUUUAACUCAUCUAGUUAAUGUUUUAUUCCAUGUGAAUGAUUUGGUAUUUCCAUCCUCAUUUCACUUUGGCUACAGUUUAUAUUGAGUUGUAUCUAUACAUUCUCAAAACCCUUAAAAAUAUUCUAAUAGCCUUGAGUGACCAACCCUUUUUUUUUUUUUAAGCACAGAUGUAAUUGUCUAAUGUUCUGAUGGGAAUGUAACACUUAUUUUUAUAUAAAAAAAGAGACUUGAGUAAACAUUAUUAAAAAAAAAAGUGAAGUUUUUUUUAGUCAUUUUGUUAUAUUCAACCAGCAAGUUGUUUUCUUUCAGAGCUUCAUCCUUCAAAAAAAUUACAUAUAGCAUUUACAAACAUUUUACAAGGCAAAAAAUUGUAACUGGAUAGUAGAUAUAAAACAGUUUUCUCGUGAUAUCUCCUUUGAUUCUGCGAAAACAGAGCAUGUUCAGCUGUGUUAUUGUUUAAUCAUCCUCAAUGCUCACUAUUCACAUAACUGAUCAUUUGGUCAGUUAUAUUUUAUUUUUAUUUAAAUGGGCCAAAAGCAAAAUUAUGUUGAAACGUGUGCUAACUACCCCAGAGAGUGUUAAUCCAGCAUUGUGAACGAACUGUUUUGUACAUAUCCGUUUGUUUUGCAGACUGUUGUCUUACUGGGUGUUUAAUCUGCAGCAUUAGUUGGAUACAUGUUCCAACAAACUAUUUUAAAUACCAUGGGAUCAGAUUUUUUUUUUUUAAUAUUACGUUAAAACUCUAACCAAGCAAGGGGUUCUUUAAGAACAUUCCCUUAGAGGGAUAAGUUGAGAAGCGUGCCUUUUUAUCAAUGGCUUGACAUUUCAAACGUGAUAAAAAUUAAAAUCACACUACCAUUUAAAGCUCAUUUUCUAUGCAGGAUUUUUAAUGUCAUUCAUGUAUCAUUCUUUUUUACAUAUUGUACUUCAGCUUGUGUUAGCUUUUUUCUUUUGCUCCAGAUCAAACUGAACAAUGUAUAUAUAUAUAACACUAUCUGUCUGUAAAAUACUUUUUUUAAGAAAGCAUUUAUAUUUAUAUGACAGCUUGAACUGACAAUAUUGUGUAUAUAGAUCAUCUUGAAGUAUUAUUUCACAUUGAAAAGAAGAAAAAUAUAUUGAUAACUAUAGAUGUUAUGAAGAAGAGGUUAUUUCUAGUUUUGUACUAAAAAUCAAUUGGAUGAACUAAAUCCAAACCAUGACACUGUAGCAGCAGUUUUAAGUCUUAUUUUUACUGUUUAUAUAUUUGGAUGCUGCUGCAUCAGAUGAUCUUCAUCCCUGAAGUUUUCAGCUAAACUUGGUUUCCUAGAAUAGACUGUUAACUUUCAAAAUUACUUUUUACUGGUGAUAUGGAAAUUCUAAUUUUCCUUGUGAAUGAGUUUUCAUAUUUGUAAGUGCUGAGUUUAUAAUUCAGGUUUGAGCAAGGUGUGAAUUACUGAAGAAAAUAACUUGCUGGCUAUAGGAAAAUGCUGUGGAAAUUAACCAUGUACAUAUUUGUGGGAAGAACAAAUUUAAUCAUUUUUUCCUGUUAAGCACUAAUCAGUGUAGUGCAACUCCUGGUUCUGUACUGUAUUUUAUAUGCAACAUAUAUGCUUUAAUAUUUUAAUGUUUGUGCAUUAAUAUUUUCAGUUUGUUUAACCACUUUGCUGCUAAGAUUUUGCCAUCCCCAUUUUUCCUUUUACAAUUUUAAACAAGUUUCUUCAUUAAAAACUACAGUGAUGAAAUGGUUUUUAUUUCACCUUGGGUCUUUAUAGCUAACAUACCCUGUUUCCAAAUCAGUCUAGAAGUCUGACAAAAUAAUAUUGUCAUCUGAAUCCCCUACGUGGAAAUUUUCUUCCAUGAGUUACAAUUUCUGUGUGGAAACAAAUGGAUAGUAUAAAUCUCUGAUUCUCAAAAUGUGUACAAAUAUAUUUGAGAAGGUGUCCUGUUUCCUAUAGAUUUGCCACUGCCAAUUGGCUUUUCCUCUAAACCUUGUUUUUAAUCUGAUUUUCUGAGCAAAUGACUCAGCAAAACUGCUUUUAAAUGUUAGGCAGUAUUGAAAACAAAAAACGUAAAUGGCAUGACAGAAUUUAGAUAAACUUGUUCAGAAUUGAUCAUUCAUCGUUGAUACUAAUGACUUGAAAUGAGAUGCACGGUUGGAGCUUCAGCGCCCCCUGCUGGGUGAUUUCUAGACCAGGACAUGAGAUGGCCAUAGGGAUCUGGAGAGUUCAUGGCCACCAUCACAAAUGGUGUCCACAUGGUGGCCACCUCCUGGUGGGAAAUCAGGAGUAAGAAGUAUCUCGAACAACUGUAAGAUUCUUUCCCCUAAUGUGUCUUGUUGUUCACAAGAGAUUUUAAGCACUUUUUUCUUACAUAUUCUGUUUAAAAAUAUUUCUUGAUAUUGGGAACUGGUAAUCAAAGUUAGUAGAUAUGCUGAGGCAUUUUUUUGAACCAGUCCCUUUUACUUGUAAAAGCCAUACCAAAACGGUAUUAUUUUUCCUCCCAUUACCAGUCAGGGAGAAUUUGAAAUAGAAUAAGACAAUAAGAACAACAAACCCUAGUCAUUUCAUCAU